AUGCAUGCAUAUAUCUCCCCAAUACUACGCAGUGAACCAAUUACUUCUGGAUCGAUACCUACUCCUCCUUAUGAAAGGAAUGGAGAAGUGAUGAAAUUUAGUCAAUGCGUAAUUUUCGGACAUAAAAUAUAUAUUUAUGGUGGAUUUGCCGACCAUAAUAUGAAUAUAUUAGAUAUUUCACAGCUAUAUUGGUCUACGUAUUUAUCGUCACUAGUAUAUAGUGGGAUGUGGGGUUACAGUGCUACAUUACUAAAUGAUUCGAUUUUAUACAUUGGAGGAAAAUUUAGUACAUUUGGUGGUGGUGGUCAAACUAAUUCAAAUCAUGAG